AUGGACUAUGCGCGCCUCCGCGCGGCCGCCAUGAGCGGCGAAGACGAGGAGGCGGUCACGGUCGACACCAGGGCGCUCAUCGACAAGGUCCUCGCACGAUACUCGGGAGAGUGGACGACGUUGAGAGAGCUCAUCCAAAACGCCGCGGAUGCACAAGCUACGACUGUCAAAAUAAGUUGGGAAACGCUGCCGUCGACACAGGUUCCGCUCCCAGCAACCACCAACCAGUCCGAGCUCAUCAAGCAUGCGAUAUCCCACCACACACUGCGGCGACUUGUCGUUGAGAACAAUGGGCAACCCUUCACCAAGACCGAUUGGGCGAGGUUGAAGAAAAUCGCCGAGGGUAACCCAGACGAGACCAAGAUUGGCGCUUUCGGUGUUGGAUUCUACAGUGUAUUCGCCGACUGCGAGGAGCCCUUCGUCAGUUCCGGCGAUGAAGCCAUGGCCUUCUACUGGAAGGGGCACGCGCUUUUCACAAGGAAGGUGACUCUGCCUCCUGGCCAGGGAAGCCCGAAUACGUCGUUCGUCCUCGAUUACAGAAGCACUACCACACCCCUUCCAAACCUGCUAUCCGUGAGCCAGUUCCUCGCUACGAGCUUGACGUUUGUUUCCCUACAAAACAUCGAGUUCUGGAUAGACGGCUGGAAAGUGCUGGAGCUGCAUAAGGAGCCGUCAUCGUGCCUAAACCUGGACAUUCCGCGAGACUUGGAGACCAAGACCAAGGACGGGCUCAUGAAGCUCACUUCAGCUGACAGCACCGGCAUUAAAAUCGAAGCCACAUUCAUGAGUGUUAUCGGUUGGAAACCACAAACUGUAGCAUCAGCCACCAAGUCCAACGACGCUUACUAUUCCUCUGAACUUCCUUCACUGAAGAACUUCUUCUCGAGGCUCACAUCGGGCUCAUCGUAUUCCGCAACCCGGACCAAGGCGGCGAAGGAGGAGAAGGCGAUCCAGGAUACAAUAACAGAGGAUCUUACGGCGCCGUCAACGUCGGUCAUCUUCCUCCGCGUAACCUCGGCACAGAUAGCCACCCGCGUUUCUGCUUCGUUCGCUGCCGAAUUGGAGCGGGCGACCAAGAAGCCGCCUCCCAAAACCACAAAGCUCUCCAUCCUGACUUCGUCGUACGACGCGACUGUGGCCUCGGCAGAGGCGUCGUCGAACCAAGCCUCUAAGAUUGCCGAUGUCUUCGCCUCAGUCCUUCCUAGCAAAAAGCCGGGUGGCCGCAUCUUCAUCGGCUUCCCAACCACGCAGACGACCGGCGCUGGCAUGCACAUCUCGGCCCCCUCGGUGAUUCCUACGGUCGAGCGCGAGGCCAUCGACCUGAACGCCCGUUGGGUGCGGUCCUGGAACAUGGAGAUGCUGCGUGCGGCCGGCAUCAUGUCCCGGCUUGCCUUUGCAGACGAGAUGGCAGGCCUGAAUGACAAGCUCAAGAGGUUGUCCGAGGCCAGCGGCAAAAAGGGAUCCGGCCCCUCGCUGUCUGAUGUGCAGAAAUGUAUCCCCGAGGCUCUCCAUAUCUUGAGAACAUACAGCUUCCAAGAUUCGACCCCAAGUGCGCAGGUGUCCCAAAUCAUCGAAGAGGCGUUCUGGAUGGCCUCUAAAAGCCCAUCUGUCGAUGUAUUGUCUUCUCGCGGAGUGCUGCCCACAACGAAAGUCCGCACUUCAUCUGACGAGGUUGCCAAGUUUGUCGGCGCAAUCCCGGUGGUCCUGAAGGAGAUGAGAGAGGAUCCGUUCAUCCAGCGGUUAAUUGACUUUGGUUUGAUUAGAGACGUCACGGUCGAUGAUAUCUGCCAGGAGCUCGGGGCCAAAGCCCUGGAUAAGGACCAACUGAGCCACUUCCUCCAGUGGAUCACCCAAGGUGCUUACACCGGGGAGCUUGACACCCAUGACGUCCAGCGGCUUUUGAACGUCGCCGUAGCCACCAUCACCGAUGGCGGUGAUUCCGGCGGGAUCAUCGCGCUCGGGGCCAUCAAGAACUAUCCCAACAACAGAAUCCCGCCGACGCUUCCAUUGCCACCUACUACUCUCCCCAUGGCAUUUACAGCACCCAUUGCCGAACCCCGGCUUCAAGCUCUGGGCUGGGAGCCUCUGGCCAUAGUCCCUUGGCUGAGGUUCUUGAUCGAAUCAGCGCCCGGGAACGCCGAUGAGCAGAACCUGAAAAAGUCGGACAAGUUUGCUCUCCAAGUCCUGACUGUUCUCUCGAAGAACUGGGACAACCUGAACCAAACCUCGAAGACGUCGGUGGUGUCAGCGUUGCAGCACGUUACCGUUAUGCCGACCAAAGCGGGCAUGAGAAAGCCUAACGAGUCUUUCUUCCCCUCUGUGAGGCUAUUUGACGAUCUACCGACGCUCGAGGGCUGUGCGAAUCUCAAGGACAAGUUUCUGACCGCCCUGGGUGUAAGAAAGACGGUCGACUUAGACACAAUCUUCACCCGGCUAUUGAGCCCGGCUCCGGCAGCGGGGGAUGGUGUGGCCCAUGCCAAAUGGAGCCACAUGGAGCUCAUCAAGUAUCUCACUUCGGUAAAGAACGAUAUUCCUGCUGCCGACAUGAAGAAGCUCCGGGAAUCGCCACUGUGCCCUGCCGAGGCUGGUCCGCGUGGGAUGGAGCCUACGAAGGGCUCGAAACGGCUGUACAGGGUGUCGGAGCUCUUCGAGCCCAAGGACUCGCUCAGGGCGCUAGGACUGCCCAUACUUCAAUGGCCAGGCCCGCCGGGGAGUUUUAGAAAUACUAGCGCAGAGGCACGGUUCCUGUACAGCCUUGGGCUGCGUUCAUGUCCGGCAGUCCCAGAGCUUGUCGAGAUGAUGGCUUCGUCAGACGAAAGUCUUCGAGCAAGCGCUAUGUCGUAUUUCAUCGCCAACCAUCACCUCAACGGAUACACGGCCUUCGACAUGUCGUUCACUGACAAAUGCAUUCUUCCAAUCGAAGGCAAGGAGAAGAAGCUGGUUCCACCAUCCGCCUGCUACGCGAACGAGAGGGCGGCCGUCCUUGGCUACAAUGUGCUCAGGAAAGACUUGCACCCGCAUGCUGCCAAGUUUGGCGUGGCUCGCGAUCCUCCCAUCACGGGAUGUGUGGAAAGGCUCAUCGCGAAGCCUCCCCAGGACCGCAGCAUGGCGAUCACGCUGUUCGAGUAUUUCACGACGCGGCUCGGCGAUCUGGGGCAUAAUAGCCUGGCCAAGCUACGAGAUGCUGCGAUCGUCCCUGUGAUGAGGCAACAGGAUCGCCGCUCAGGAGUUGGGGAGGUAAAGGGAUCAACUCUGGCCCACCUCCGGCCUCCUCAUUGUUACCUGGGGAGCUCGUCCACAUACAAGGAUAUCUUUGACUUUGUCGACUUUGGAGCCGACGCGAACACCUUCCUUUUCAAGUGUGGUGCUAAGAGCGAGCCGACCAAGCACGAGAUUGCCCAGCUGGCUUGUACCGAGCCGGCACGGCUGUUGAGCAUCCUCCAGAGCCCGGAAAAGUACCUUAAUCUCCUCAAGUCCAUCGCUGAAGACUUUGGGACCCUAAAGAGGGACAAGGAGCUCCUCAGGAAAAUGAGGACGUCAACAUGGCUGCUUGGUUUCCGAGAGCUGUCGUCUGGAAAGAGCCAGGCAUCCGAGGCUCUCGAUGAGGAUGACGCUCCGAUCAAACAUUACCAACUCGCAGCCGCCGACAACAUUGUCAUCCUUGACGAUUACAUCAGCUAUCGGUUGUUCAAGGAGGCGCUACUGUGCGCUCCCGAGGACGACUUUCUCGAGGCCUUCUACAUGGGCCUAGGGUCCGGCACCCUGGGCAGCAAAGUCAAGGAAGAUUUGUUCGUGGGACACAGCACGAGAAAUCAGGAGGGAGCUGAGUGGCUGCGGAAGCAUGUGCUCGAGCGCUCCAAGCUCUUCUUGCACGAGUACUCCAAGGACAAGCACGACGCCGUCAAGCACGAUACUCAGUGGCUCGAGAAGAACCUACUGGUGUCGAGCGUCUCCUCGCUCGGGCUGCGGCGAUCCCUGAGGGGCCACGCCAAAUCGCACCAGGAGAAGCGGUCGGCGGCGAGUUACAAAACGGCCAGCGGAUGGAUGCUUUAUGUCGCCGCUGAGGACAAACCCGACAUGUACCAAGUCGGCCAGGCCAUCUGCCAGCUCCUGCUAAAUCGCCCCAACCAGCACGCCUACUUCUUCUUUGAACCCUUCUUGAAGCUUGGCCUGCUCGACCUACGAGCCCGUGGGUAUAACGUCGACCGGAUCCUACGUGUAAAGGCGGCCCAAGCCCGGCUGGCCGAGGAGGAACGUCGCAAGGCGCUGGAGGCAGAACAGACGAGGAUCCGGGAGGCCGAGAAGGAGUGGGCCGCGCAGAAUACCGUCCGGGAUGUCAAGACCCCUGAGCGGGCCCGGGACCGCAUGCCGGGCAGCUUCGACCAUUCCCCAGACGACAGCCCUACUACGCUGCCGCCGCCGCAGCCACAGCAGCCCAGGGCCGGCGGCGGCAGCCUCUUUUCGAACCUCUCCCGCCGUCUGGGGUUCGAAACCGCGGACGACAAACCCCCGCCACCACCACCCCCUCAGCAGCUAACCUCGACCCCGAUCCCAACCGAGGACGGCAAAAAAGCCACAUCGGACGGCAACCGCGUCACCUCGCCAGCCACGGUCCAGCAAAACCUCCUCAACGCAAUCCAAUCGACGCGCGCAUACGACUCCUCCACGCUCUUCUCCCCACCCCGGCACACCCAAGUACAGGAACAGACGUCGUACUGCGACAGCAUGGCCGGGCAGAACCUCGUCUUCGCGGCCGAGGCGCCGCGCGGCAUGCGCGUCUUCCUCGCGCGCGACCUGUCGACCGACCACGGCCAAUUCGUCGCCUCGCGCGUCGACGCCAUCGCCCGCUUCGAGGGCCUCCUGCGCGACGUCGCGUCCGUCUAUGGGCUGGCUGACCGCGUGCUGCAUAUGUAUUACGAUGAGAAGGGCGGGACGAUCGCGUUUAACAGCUCGGGGAGCGUGUUUUGUAAUAUGCGCUUUUGGGAGCAGUUGCAUGGGGGGAUGUUGGAGGGGAGGGGGAGGGUGGAGGCGGCGACGUGGUGGUGGGUGGUGCUGGCGCAUGAGCUGGCGCAUAAUUUGGUGACGGUGCAUGGGUCGGAGCAUAGUUACUACUCGGAGUCGUUUGUUCAGCAGUACUUCCCCAAGAUGAUGGCCAAGGCGGCGCAGUGGAUGGCUGUGCCUGGUGUCGCUGCUGCUCCUGCUGCUGCUCUUGCUCCUGCCCCGACGGCUGGGGGUGCUGCGCAGGCGCCGCCGCCGCCGUAUAGCUUGUGACUCGCCGGGCAGGUUUGGGGGUAGCAUGGUGUUUGCUAGAUGUAGGUGGGACUGGGUGGGAAUGUGGGUUUAUUUGUGAUAGAUGCACUCGGUGUGUUACGACCCUUUUGUCUCUUACGGGAUGCAUUUUCUGGAUGAGUUGGGUUUGCAUCAGACCGGGGGAUUUAUGGGUAUAUCAUCGACAUUGUUUUCCGCGGGAGACACUAC